CAGGUGAGCUGAACUGGGAGUUAAUUGCCACCGUGAGUCCUGUCAGUACCGAGGAUACAAAAAAAAAGAACCUUAUCAUCCACAAAUCUCACCCGAGGAUAAAAUAAAGUGAUUUUUAUUGAAUAUUCAGCAAACUUUAUUGAUCAUGAGAGGAGAUACAACUGCGGAGAACGACUUGGAGGCGGACGAGCAUGGAGGGACUGCAGCAGCUUCAUCUGGGGAAAGAAGACCUAGUAUUGCAGUGUUGCAAAACAUGCUAAAGAAGGUCUCCCAUAGCCCUUUUCAUCAAUACCAGACUCUCGUUCCAUCAAUCUCUGAUUCCAGCGGCUCAUCUGUGAACGAGUCUCAAAACAAACAGGACGGUGAGCUCCUUAUGUAUCCCUCAGCUGCUGCUUCAGGUGUGACAGACAACCACCAGCCACUCAUGGAACAGAAUGGAGUCACUGGGGACUUGGCCAGAAUGAAUCCUUUUUUAACAAACCAUUUGGAAUCUGUCAGCAAAGGUGGUGUAAUGGAGGACGUUUGGAGGGAAACUUCAGAGGAAGUAAACCUCGAUACCAUCUUUGUCCCUCCACCCGAUUUUCAGAGUUCACCUCUGGAUCUUCAGCCUGAAAUGAAGACUGUGGAAAAAGGAGCUGAAUUUUCGGAACUACCAAAGGACCCAUUCAAGACCCUUACCCCCAGCCCUAUGCAGGACCCCUUCCAGACACCAGCAUUGGCCCCAAACACAUCUAGCAGUGGUUAUUUUCAUGAUGUUACCCUGAACUCACCGGACUUAUUUAAGCCAAACCCUGCUCAAACACAGAACCUGUCUAAAACGUCCCAGUUAACAAGCUCUGAACUGUUUGAAGAUGGAGGGUUCAAUCUUUUCCAGGCUGCUAAAGGAGAGGAUUUGCUCCAUGCUGAACGCACCAGGGAGGUUAACCUCUUUGAUAAAUCUCCCAGUAUUUUUGUUGACCCAUUCAAAUCUCCUUCAAACAAAGAGGAUGAACUGUUCCCGUCUCCGCAGCCAGAGACGGCGAACCCAUUCUAUACUGCCUCGCCUAAAGAAGCAGAUUUGUCUCCAGCAGUCCCAAGUGGGGAAAUCUCCCAACAGAUGGAGAACAAACGAGAUCCUUUUAUGAGAGAGGACCUUUUCGGCAUGUCUUCUUUCAAGGAUGUUUUCUCAUCUUCAUCGACAAAUGCAGUCGAUCCAUUCCCAAGCCCAAUCACGAGGGAUUUAUUCCAAGACGUUUCCAGUUUGGACGACCCGUUUGGUACUACACCCUCAGGACAAUGCGACCCUUUCCAAGAUGUUUCACUUGGGACUCCAGACAUCUUCAAACCACUUUCUUCAAACACCAACAGCAGGGAUGUAUUCGGGAUGACCUCCACUAAUACUGCCCCUAAGGCCACAUACUCUACACCUUCAAUCAACAACACGUCCGAUAUGAAGCCGGACAUGCUAUCGCCACUGGAUCUCUUCAAGGCCAAGACAUCAGAAUCUGAUCCAGUCACCCAACCAGAGUCCUCGGACAGGGUACAUGAUAUUUUCUUGACCACUCCUCAUGGCACCAAACAUGACAUUCUUCAGCCAUCUCCCUUCAGUCGGGCCAGGAAUCUGUCCAUGGUACACAGCAAAUCUCCAUCUGAAAUGACUCAUGUGUCGACCUUCAGACGUCCGCCAAAGCCACUUCCUCGAAUUAGACCACCAAGGACAGAAAAGACGCCAAAGCCAGAAAACCCUAUUGAACCUAAAGCAACUGAACCAAAAGUCUCUCCUAAACCAGCCUUCAGACCGGCCCCAAAACCAGCUGUUCACCCCAAACCAAAAACUCCGGAAACUAAACCAAUGGAACCUGAGAACUCUGCCGUCUUUGAGGACGUCCUGCUACUUGGACAGGAAAGGUGUGUGGAAGACUGGGCUGACAACAGCCCUGAGCUUAACCCUGGAUUCAAACCAUCUGGAACAUUAAGACUACGACGAGAAUCUUUAAAAAUCAAGGCGGACUCUGACGAUGGAAGUGUCAAUGAUCAGGAUGGCUCUGUGAAGAAAAAGGACAAAAAGUUCAGAUUGUCCCUCCUUUCCAGAAGAGGGUCAAAGGAGAAGUUUUCUGAUGACGCAAAAGAGGGGAAGAGCAGGUCACUACCCAACUCUCGUAAAUCAUCCAAGGAUUAUUUUUCAGAAAUGCACAUCUCUGGGGAGGACAAUGAAGAAGGGGAGCAGAGUGAGAUGGACUACAAAAAGAAACCUUUGAAGACCAGAGGCAGCAAGCUCAGAAGAGCGUCCUUUACUUCCAUGGUGCCAGAGGGAAAGCACAUGAACGGACAUUUACCUCAAGAAUCUAAGGGAGAUGACAUCAAUGAGAAAAGUAUUGGAAAGAAAAACUCCAUCAUACGCCGAUGGUCAGAGGGAAAAGUUUUGGAUGACAGCAAUGGUGAGGAGGAGGAGGAGGAGGAGAUGGAUGAGGAAGGAGAAGACCAGCACAAAGAGGUGGACAGCCAUGGAUCUAAGAAAAAAAAGAAGCUGGCAAUCAGAUUUGUGCCACAUAGAGGAUUCGCCAUCACUGUAGAAAAGGGAGCACGUGGACAUACACCUCGCAAAAACUCAAAGGACAAAUCACAAGAGGACUUUUUCGGUGCACAUGGCUACACACCUCGUAAGAAGUCCCAGGAUGAUUUUGGGGAUGUAGGUCACAGUCUUCAGUCAACUAGCAAGGCUGCUUUCAUGGAUGAUGAGCACUUCUAUGAAACGCACCAUAAGUCUGGUGGAUUUAAUGAAGAGGAAGAUCCAUAUGGAAUGGAAGACUGCAAACCUAAAAAAACAAAGAUGAAACUGCUACACAUUGGUCAGCGAAACUCGAAGGAAGACAUGCUGGAUUUCAACAAUCAUCAGAAAAAGAAGGGCAGCUUCUCAGCAGAUGAGCUAUACGAUGAAGACCAGAUGGCGGACUGCAAACCGAAAACAUCCAAACAUAAAGGCCCCACGCCCCUCCCACGCAAAUCUAAGACCGCCAAUGGACAGAGUGAACCGAUCGGAUUCAGCCAACAGAAACUGCAGCAAGCAUCCAAUGAUGACUUUGCAGAGGAUGACUUUGCCGAUACAAGGAAAUAUGUCAAGAGUCCCGGAGAGAUGUAUGACGAAGAAGAAGAUGAAGUGGAAACCUGCAAACUGAAGAAGAAAUCUAAACUUAAAGGCUUCAUGAAACACAAGUCUAAGAGCAAAGCAACGCAACCCGAGUGGGAAGAUCCGCCAGGAGCAACGUCACGUGACUUCCUGUCAGAGGCCGCUCAGGCGGAGUGGCAGGCUGCUCAGAUGGAUGAGCGUGCCAUGGCGGGUCUAGAGGAUGGCGACGCGGACGGGGACACUGACAGUUUGAUGGAGUGGUGGAACACGGUGGAACAAUGGGACGAGGUGCCAUCAGACGAUGAGGACAAGUUCUUAAAGGAGGACGAGUCCAAGUCCUUCACCAUCUUGGCGGACAAGGUUCAUCGCGGCCUGCGUGUCUACAACAAAGUCUUCACGGAGCGAGCCGAGGCCCUCUGGCAGUCCGUCAUCACGCUCCACGCCAUCGCAGAUAACAUCAACGAUUUCCACAACAAGGCCAAGAUCGCCGGCAUCACCGGCGGCACCACCACAGCCGUCGGCGGCGUGACCGCCAUCACCGGUUUGGUCCUGGCACCCUUCACCUUUGGCGCCUCUCUCAUAAUCACCGCUGUCGGCGUUGGCGUGGCAACGGCGGGAGGAAUCGCUUCAGCCUCUGCGGCCAUCUCGGAUAACGUUAACAACAUGCACGACCGGAAGAAGGUGGAGAUCAUACUGGAGCAGUAUGAGGCUCACCUGCAGGCCGUUGGGAAGACCCUCCACUAUGUCAAUCAGGGCUUGUACAAACUCCGGGGCCACCCCUUCCUCCGGUCCGGCACCCAGCACUACUCUGAGACCUGGGAGAUCCGCAGGGCCGUCCAGAUGAUCAGCUUGGCGGACUCGCCGGUGAUGCGGGCGACAGAGGUGACGGACGCGUCGCUCGCCUCGGUCCAAGGACUCUUCAAAGGCAUAGACAAGUACUUCACCAAGGACUCCAGAGAGCUGAAGAAGGGCUGCAAGAAAGAGGUGGUGAUGCAAAUAAAGGAGGUGGCAAACGUGCUCAAUGACGGGGUCGUGGAGCUCAACGCCAUCAGAGAGGAGCUCCAGGAUGCUACUGGAAACAUGUGAGCGACAUCCUGCGUGAUGCCACUUUGAUUAUAGCUGUUUUUAAAAGCACCACCAGCACCCCCUAGUGGCUAAAUGAAGGGACUUGUUGGUUUAAAUGUAAGUAGGUAGGUAAGUGCUGUUGAAGACAUUAAACGAGUGGAUGAAGCCACUUUAAAAAAAGAAAAAUAAUUGGCUUAAAAUUGCAGCACUGAAAGCUAUAAGAAGUUUACAUUAUAUUCCAAUACAAUGCCACCACUUUGAAGCUAAAAAUGAUCAUUAUUGUUGUUGUGGUUUGGCAGAGAGAUGAUGGUUAAACUCUGGGAAUUGUUGAGGCUGUAGGUUACUUUUGUUGUAUUUGGGUGAUGCUGUAUGAUGUUUACUGUACACAGGGACUGGUCAAAAAACAGGAAAAGUGGGCA